GCAGGUGAGCAAUCGGCAUAUAAAGGUUUGUGAGCCCUUCUUGGAACAGCAGGAGCUUUUAUAUGUCUCCAGAGGAGUGGAAUAGGAAAAAGCCCUGCUGAACACUGAAUAAACAGAAAAAGACAAAAUGGGAUUAGGUAAGGGCAGUGAGAAGUACAAAUUAGCGGCAACCUCUGAAGAUGGGAAGAAAAAGAAGAAAAAGGGAAAGAAGCAGGAGAAGAACAUGGACGAUCUAAAAAAAGAAGUUGAUCUGGAUGAUCAUAAGUUGACUUUAGAUGAGCUUCAUCGCAAAUACGGCACUGACUUUGAAAGAGGUUUGACUAGUUCUCGUGCAAAAGAGAUCCUGGCACGUGAUGGACCCAAUGCUCUGACACCACCUCCAACAACCCCAGAAUGGGUCAAAUUCUGUAAACAGCUCUUUGGUGGUUUUUCCACUUUAUUGUGGAUUGGAGCUAUUCUUUGUUUUUUGGCAUAUGGAAUUCAAGCUGCCUCAGAAGAUGAACCAGCAAAUGAUAAUUUGUAUCUUGGAAUUGUCCUGUCUGCUGUUGUAAUGAUCACUGGUUGCUUCUCCUACUAUCAAGAAGCUAAGAGCUCAAAGAUCAUGGAAUCCUUCAAGAAUCUUGUCCCUCAGCAAGCUCUGGUUAUCCGUGAUGGUGAAAAGAAGAGCAUUAAUGCUGAGGAUGUAGUUGCUGGGGACAUUGUGGAAAUUAAGGGUGGUGACAGAAUCCCUGCUGAUCUGCGCAUUAUUGCUGCACAUGGAUGCAAGGUGGACAAUUCAUCCCUUACUGGUGAAUCUGAGCCUCAGACACGUACUCCUGACUUCUCCAAUGACAAUCCGCUGGAAACAAGAAACAUUGCAUUCUUUUCUACAAAUUGUGUUGAAGGUUCUGCAAAAGGUAUCGUCAUCAACACUGGUGAUCGCACUGUGAUGGGUCGAAUUGCCACCCUGGCCUCAAGUCUGGAGGUUGGACAGACCCCUAUUUCCAAAGAGAUUGAACACUUUAUCCACAUCAUUACUGGUGUGGCUGUUUUCCUGGGUGUGUCCUUCUUCAUUUUGUCCCUUAUUCUUGGAUAUGGAUGGCUUGAAGCUGUCAUCUUCCUUAUUGGAAUUAUUGUUGCCAACGUGCCUGAGGGUCUGCUCGCUACUGUCACAGUGUGUCUGACUUUAACUGCCAAACGAAUGGCGAAGAAGAACUGUCUAGUAAAGAAUCUUGAAGCUGUAGAAACACUUGGAUCCACUUCCACUAUUUGCUCAGACAAGACAGGAACUCUGACCCAGAAUCGUAUGACUGUGGCACAUAUGUGGUUUGACAACCAGAUUCAUGAAGCAGAUACCACAGAGAACCAAAGUGGAACCGCUUUCGACAGAAGCUCUCCCACUUGGUCUGCACUUGCUCGUGUAGCUGGUCUGUGCAACCGUGCAGUCUUCCUUGGUGAUCAAGCCAAUGUUCCUAUCCUUAAGAGAGAAACUGCUGGUGAUGCUUCAGAGUCUGCCCUGCUAAAAUGUAUUGAACUUUGCUGUGGUCCAGUGAAGGACAUGAGGGACAAAUACCCAAAGAUUGCUGAGAUCCCAUUCAACUCCACCAAUAAAUACCAGCUCUCCAUCCACAAGAACCCCAACUCUUCAGAAACAAAACACUUGCUCGUAAUGAAGGGGGCACCUGAAAGAAUCCUAGACCGAUGCUCAACUAUUAUACUUCAAGGAAAAGAGCAACCCCUAGAUGAUGAAUUAAAGGAUGCUUUUCAGAACGCUUAUGUGGAACUGGGAGGUCUUGGAGAAAGAGUAUUAGGUUUCUGCCAUUACAGCCUCCCUGAUGAUCAGUUUCCUGAAGGCUUUGCAUUCGAUACUGAUGAGGUGAACUUCCCCACUGAGAAUCUGUGCUUUGUUGGACUCAUGGCCAUGAUUGAUCCUCCACGUGCUGCGGUACCUGAUGCAGUGGGCAAGUGCAGGAGUGCUGGAAUCAAGGUCAUCAUGGUUACAGGAGAUCAUCCAAUUACAGCUAAAGCCAUUGCUAAGGGAGUGGGCAUUAUCUCGGAGGGUAAUGAGACUGUGGAAGACAUUGCUGCUCGAUUAAACAUUCCUGUUGGAGAUGUUGACCCCAGGGACGCAAAGGCUUGUGUGGUCCAUGGUGGAGAAUUGAAGGAAAUGACCUCAGAACAUUUGGAUGACAUCCUAUACCACCACACUGAGAUUGUGUUUGCCAGAACAUCUCCACAGCAAAAACUGAUCAUUGUUGAAGGUUGUCAGCGACAGGGUGCCAUUGUGGCUGUGACUGGUGAUGGUGUUAAUGAUUCUCCUGCUCUGAAGAAGGCUGACAUUGGUGUAGCAAUGGGUAUUGCUGGAUCUGAUGUCUCCAAACAGGCUGCUGAUAUGAUUCUCCUGGAUGACAACUUUGCUUCUAUUGUUACUGGAGUGGAAGAAGGCCGUCUGAUAUUCGACAACUUGAAGAAAUCUAUUGCAUACACAUUGACCAGCAACAUUCCUGAGAUUUCCCCUUUCCUUCUCUUCAUUAUUGCAAAUAUUCCUCUUCCUCUGGGCACUGUCACCAUUUUAUGUAUUGACUUGGGAACUGACAUGGUUCCUGCUAUUUCUUUGGCAUAUGAAGCUGCUGAAAGUGACAUCAUGAAGAGACAGCCCCGAAAUGCUAAAACAGACAAAUUGGUGAAUGAAAGGCUUAUUAGUAUGGCCUACGGUCAAAUUGGAAUGAUGCAAGCUACUGCAGGAUUCUUCACUUACUUUGUGAUUCUUGCUGAAAAUGGUUUCCUGCCUUCAGACCUAAUAGGAGUCCGUGUCAAUUGGGAUGAUAAAUAUUACAAUGAUCUAGAAGACAGUUAUGGACAACAAUGGACUUAUGAACGAAGAAAAAUAGUGGAGUACACUUGCCAUACUUCAUUCUUCGCCAGUAUAGUUGUUGUGCAGUGGGCCGAUCUGAUCAUCUGUAAGACCAGAAGGAACUCCAUCCUACAACAGGGAAUGAAAAACAAAAUUUUAAUAUUUGGGUUGUUUGAAGAGACCGCUUUGGCUGCUUUCUUAUCCUACUGCCCAGGCAUGGAUGUAGCACUUAGAAUGUAUCCACUGAAACCAAGCUGGUGGUUCUGUGCCUUCCCAUAUUCACUGCUCAUAUUUCUUUAUGAUGAGGCAAGAAGGUACCUCCUUAGACGAAACCCAGGCGGAUGGGUGGAAAAGGAGACAUACUACUGAGACAAACCCCUUAUCAACUAGUCAAUUCAUGAUGAUGUACACUGGCUUAGAAAUAAAUGGACACACAAGAUAUGCAGUCCUACUUUGUAUUAAUCGUACAAAUAUAUUACUAUUGUUUUAAUAAAGGUGAACUCAGACAGUAA